UGUGUGCGUGUGUGUGCGUGUGCUACCCUCAGCUCACUAAAUGAAUGGAUCCUGCUCGCGUAUGGGCGAUUUUUCAAGAAUCAUCUAAUUCUGGAUUCAAUGCAUUUUUCACUCGGGAUCAGUGAUGACUUGGCUUCUGAUGUGGGUUCUACUAUUUGCUUGUGUACCGCAGAUUCACAGAGCAUUUGCCCAGGAUUCCUCUAAGAUGCUGUCCAUACCGGAGCCCUACAACCGCUCUCAGUACUGCCAAUGGCCCUACAAAUGUCCUAAAACUCCCCCCACCUGUCCACCAGGUGUGAGCUUGGUCAUGGACGGCUGCGAUUGCUGCAGAGCAUGUUCCAAACAGGUGGGGGAGGUUUGCAACGAGAAAGAAAACUGUGACCAUCAUCGUGGCCUUUACUGUGAUUACAGUGCAGACAAGCCUAGGUACGAAAAAGGAGUAUGUGCCUAUCUGCCAGGCACUGGCUGUGAGCACAAUGGUGUGAUCUAUCGCAAUGGCCAGAGCUUCCAGCCCAAUUGCAAAUACCAGUGUUUGUGUGUGAAUGGUGCGAUCGGAUGUGUCUCGCUGUGUAACGAGUCUCAGCCUCCCAGGGUUUGGUGCCAGAACCCACGGCGAGUUAAAAUCCCCGGCCGCUGCUGUGAGCAGUGGAUCUGUGAUGAGUCCAGGAGGGGACGCAAGACAGCAGCAAGACACACAAUGGCUGCCCUGUCUAGUGUAAAAGACUUCUGGCACAAGAACUGUGUGACACAGACAACCUCCUGGAGUCCCUGCUCAAAGACCUGCGGCCGUGGAGUGUCUUUACGCAUUACUAACAACAACAAGCAGUGUCAGAUGGUCAAAGAGAGCAGACUCUGCAACAUCCGGCCAUGCAAAGUGGAUAUCACAAAGCACAUCAAGCCUGGAAAGAAGUGCUUGAACAUCUACAGGGAGGAAAAGCCACACAACUUCACUAUCUCAGGCUGCACCAGUACAAACACUUACUGGCCCAAGUACUGUGGCGUGUGUAUAGAUGAGCGCUGCUGCAUCCCUUACAAAUCUAAGACUGUUGAGGUCGACUUUCAGUGCCCGAAAGGAUCUGGCUUCACCUGGCAGAUCAUGUGGAUUAACGCCUGCUUCUGCAACCUGAGCUGUAAAAACCCCAAUGACAUAUUUACAGAUCUAGAACUGUACCAUGAGAGAGGUGAGGUUGGAAACUGAGUGUAUGAGACCUUGCAGAAAAGUCAAUAGAAAGAUUUGGGAGAAAGCCACAGUUUUUUUUUCCCUGAGCAAGAGUUAAUAUUUAAUUGACCAUCAUCUUUGGAGUUUUUUUUUUUUUGUAUUAUGAAAUAAACCAAUAUAUCCUAAUAUAUUUUAUUUUGAUACUAUGUGGCCUAUUGCAACCAAAUUGUUCAUAUAUGUAGAGUUAUUUCAACCAAGAUUAU